AAAUUUUGUAAACAAAACAAGUCCCACAAGUAGGGAGGGGAGGCACUCAAAUUGUGGUAUAGAGAGUUGACAGUAGGAAAAACACAGUGAAAUGAAUUAUACAGAGGUAACCUAAGGCUUGCAUGCAGCUUCAUUAGGAGACUCAACUUUUGGAGGAACUAUCUCCCAUGCACACCUAGAAAAUUAACUAAGAGUUGUGGAAGUAAUGGAGUCUUCAUUGGAUGAUUUUGAGAUAGUGGACGAGGCACAUGAUGAUGUUUAUCGUGACAGAGGGGAGCUUUCUGCUGGAGUAGAAGACUGUGCAGUCCCCAGACAGUCUGCAAUCAACGAGAGAAAAGACCAAUCAGAGAACAUUGUCCUGUCUUUGAAUGGCCUAGAUCUAGCAGACUUUAUUCUGGAUGACCUGUCACCAGAUGACUUUAAACAACAGUCUGAUUCAGAGUUUAGUUUCUUAGAACUUCCAGAGCCACAAGAUAGAGAGAGGUUAUUAGAUGGUGAUUACACUGGUUCAACAACACCCACUUCAUCAGCUUGGAGUCUGCUAGACUGUGAUUUCUCAUCAGAUAAUGAUGUUGCUUCAUCAGAGAUAGGAUAUAGUCCCAAUCUAAUCAAUGAUGAUGAUUCUGAGGAACAAAAGACAGAAAGAAUUCCGUCAACAUGUAAUCCUGUAGAAAACAAAAGGGAAAUGGGCAAGAGACGGAGAAAGCACAAGAAAAAAUCAGACGGCUUAAUGAUGGAACUUUUUGGUGGACUGAGUGUUUGUCAGUUUAAGGAGGAUGCCGGACUACCGGGCUUUGUAGAGUCAAGUUCUGGUCCAUCGUUGUCUAAUAUCCCAACUCUGGUAGACUUAUGUAUGCAGAAAAUUCAUCUGUAUCGUAAAAGUCAUUUGAUUAAAAAGCUGAUAAAAUCCUCACACUUUCCUGUUGGGAUGAGGAGAACCAUUUUGUCUUCCAAUAUACAGUAUUCCAUAACAAAAUCUAAACUGUUAUGGCUUUGGCAGAAUAUAGCAGUCUUAGAAAGCAUGAUGACCAAUUACUUCCCAAAGACAAACACCUCCUUUUACUGUGUGAGCAACAUAUGGAAAGAAGUGGACAAUUCUGUUCUAUUGGAAGCAUGUUUUAUAGACAGCAUGAAUCCUGGAUGCUUUUUAUAUGGAAAUGUGGAAUAUUAUUUGGUUUAUACAACAUUGAUGGCAAUCAUGUUGGCGAAUCCAUCCAAGUACAUCGAGGAACGUAAAAGACUAAAUGUCAAAAAGCCUGCAAAAUCCAAAAGACUGUCAAAAAAUGCUCCAAGCAAGCAUUUAACAAUUUUACAUCAAUAUUUGAAAUCAAGGUAUCCUCAGAUGACAGCAGUUUUCUUUAGCAGAAGUCUCCCAUAUGCAUACUGGGCCAGGGGAAAUUUCAGAGCAGCACUUCAGGCUUUUGUUACUCAGUACAAAGAAGAGUCCCUAUCUGAUAAAGAGAAAUUGUUCAUCAUCGGAGAAAUAGGGAGGCUGUAUGCCAUGAUUUAUGAGCCAGAGAAAGCCAUCAGAAUGUACAGCCUUCUGGGGAAUUGUCUCAUACAGGCCAAGCCAUGGGAAAGUGAAACCACUGAGUGUCAAACUCUAGUCCUCAUAGCAGACCUCCAGAAUCAAGGUGUUUUUACUGAAAGCAAGGCAAGGAACUUGAUACCAUCUUGGAAGGCAAUUUUCAGAGUAUGUCCAUCUGAUUGGUGCACCGAACUUUACCAGGAAGCUGCUGAAUGUAUGCUGUGUUUACAUUUAGGAAAUCUGAAAGAUGGAAAUCAUUUGGAGAUGGUGAAAUGUGUUCUACAUGAGUACAGCCAACACAAUGGCAAAAUUUGGUAUCACCUUGCAUUUUUAAAUGCCAUCACUGGAAGCUCCAAGUCCUCAGACAACAGUUAUGGAGAAUUUGUAAAAUGUUUUGAAACAUUGGACAGUGAUGACAGUAACACCAGAAGGACCAUUCCAGGCAUGCAGAUGGUUGACCUCCUUUCAAAGAGGAAAUUAGCAUGCCAUGACAUGGACGCUCUGCAGCUGGCCAUUCAGAACCCGUUUGAACCUCUUCUUUCAUUAGAAUUAGUUCCAGCCAUGAAAGUGAUAUGGAGAAGGCAGUUUCACCAUUGCCAUGGACACAACACCAAUUAUGAAAGCUGUAAUGGGUUUGACAUCAGCAAUUCAGAUUUAAAACUGAGAAUGACAACUGAAGGCUUCAUCACAGGGGACUGCUCCAUGAUCUACCCACCAAUAGCAAGCGUUUUACUGGACCCAUACACAGGAUCAUUGAUAUUGGAAGCUGAUAUGUACGGAAUUAAUCCAUGGAAGGAACUGCCCUUUACAACUUUGAAAACAUGUUUAAUAGAUCAGUUAUUCAGUCUGCCCAAUAUGGUGGAAAUUUUUCAUCGUGAAGACCAAGAUGGUGAUACUUCAGCCUACCUCGCUGGAAACCACUUUUUCAGUGAGAAUUCUGAUACUAGGACAUGGUGGGGUUAUGCUCAUAGUUUAACUAAAGUGGACAGUGUCCUCAAUGUUCAUUGGAGUGGUCCGGGUGGUCAGAGGGCCAAAUUCAGUCUGGUCCAGAAAAUCAAGGACUAUAUAUACCAGGAUGUUAAAUUGGAAGUGCAGAGAUGUACAAGCAGUGAGAAUGUCAGAGAAGUGACAAGUAUUAUAGAGAAGUGGUACAGAAAGGGGCUGGCCGUGAGCAACACUGAUGUCAGCAGAGUUAUUAAGCAACUGUUUGAUGCAAAGGAUAAGAAGAAGAAAAUUCCUGUUCAUCAUGGUUAUAAACCAAACAAAUUCUGGUUGAAGUUUGUGGCUCCCCUGCGGCGGAUCGGAUCCAGUGUUCUCCUCACAAUACGAGUCUCACAGAACUUAUAUUAUGUGAUUAUUGACUGCCAAAACAGAAACAGUUUUGUUAAUCCAAUUAUCCUUGGAGCUGGAGAGCGAGACAUAAUUCAUUCUUCUGUCAGAUCAGCGUACUUCUGCAUAGAGAGGAAUGAUGGGAAACUGACUGUGUAUGACCGUAGUGGUAAUGUUGUAUCCGUACAGAAAGUUUCCACAACUGGAACUCAUAUUGACAAAGUGACACUCAUCGAAAGCAACUGCAUUUUUUCCAUCAGGAAAAGUUCUAGAUUGGGUCUUUUGGAUAUAAACAGUGGUUUCACAAAAUACUUUGAUGAUUUCUUGGAGUGUGAAUAUGUUGGAGUUCUUUUGGACGUUUUGAUUCUGAAGAAUGAAUAUGGAAUCAAGUUUGCAGAUGGGCAACAGAAGUGUUUAAAGCCGAUGCUAGUCCAGCUGCACAGCACACUACAGCAUAGCAAUCUCCCAUUUAAAAUAAGUGAAAAUGGAGAACAACUGAAUGGGAAUUUUGAGCAUGUUGAAAACUUAGCUGAGGAUGGGAGGGAGAUGGGUGCCAUUGCUGUAGACAAUUUUGUGAUUUUGUUCACAGUCAGGACUUCACAGAACAGCCUGAGAGAAAUCAUCUUUACACAAGUCUUGGAAUUGCCUGGACUGCCAGUCAAAUUGAAAUUUCUUCACAAGUCAGUUGGUUUCCUAGUGAUAUGGACGCAGCACCCUGACAACGACAAGGUCCAUAACUACAGAGAACACCUGUUUCAGUACAGUUACAGCGGACACCUGUUGGCGGUGCUCCCCUUUUUACGGCGGUCUCGGUCCUCGCUCUGUGUGGUGUACCUAGACAAGGAUACAGACACCACUAACAGGUACCCAACAUGUGGACGUGAGGGAUGGUACUUAUACUUACAAGAUGGCAGACAAGGCGUCAUGUGUGUCCGGCUAGCUCAGGACCAACAGUGAACAGGACACACAGGGAGGACGUUGUUUGGUUAGUCCAAAAGUGUUCCGCAUCAAAUACUGAAGACCAGGGGAUGUGAAAUAAGACACUUUCAGCGAAGAAAAUGUAAACAGUUUUGUGAAACUAGUAACCAAAUCAGAGAAAGCCCAUGCUGAUUUUGAGUUCUGUAUUUGUUGACUGUUAUGGAUGAAUAAGCUUCUGUGAUGCCUGAAGUCACAUGUGCACUACUUUCUUUUUGAAAGUGAAAUAUACUAAAUUGAUAUGAAAACAAAAUGUAUUAAGCUGUAUUUUUGAUUUGUGAUACAAUGAUGACUAUGUGAUAAACUUUUUUUUUUUUUAGAUUUAAUUGUUAUACACUUGUUAUGGCCCGUUUUGAUACUAAUUAUUAAAAUAUGUGUAAUAACA